CAAAUCGGAAGCGGUGAAGCUCUGCGAGCUCAUAAUACCAGCUGUUCACUUCGAUCGAUAGUAGAGACCCGGUCCACAUAUAACGCUUGCCCACCGCCAGCUCUACCUUCUUCUUCCUCCAUCCCACUUCGACAGUCAACUUCCACUGGCUUGUCUUUCUUUCCUUGUUAGAUACCCGGAGUCUGCUCUACUCCACAAACCCACUCAGCGAGCUCUACAAGUCUCGCGCCCCGCACACGCCUGCGUCCAUUGAAGCCACUUGAAGGCCGAUACACACACACCGCACAUUCACGAUGGCGCGCAGCUCACGGAGCGCCAGCAAGCGCUCCACAUGGAGCGUUGCUUUCUACCUACUCAUGGUCAUUGUCGCCGGCUUGAUGCUGGCGAUGCCGGCCCGCGCUGCGGACCAGGAGCCCAUUGUCGAAGACGACAACGCUGUCUCCGGGCCUGUCAUUGGUAUUGAUCUGGGAACAACCUACUCUUGUGUUGGUAUCAUGAGGAACGGAAAGGUCGACAUUUUGGUCAACGACCAGGGUAACCGUAUCACACCUUCAUGGGUCGCUUUCACCGAUGACGAGCGUCUUGUUGGUGACGCCGCCAAGAACCAGUUCGCCAGCAACCCCCACAACACCGUCUUCGAUAUCAAGCGUCUCAUCGGUCAGAAGUUCAACGACAAGUCUGUCCAGAACGAUAUCAAGCACUUCCCCUUCAAGGUCAUCAACAAGGGAGGCCAGCCCCGCGUCAGCGUCGAGGUCAACAAGAAGGAGACCGUCUUCACACCCGAAGAGAUCUCGGCUAUGGUCCUUGGCAAGAUGAAGGAGGUUGCUGAGAGCUACCUCGGCGAGGAGGUCAAGAACGCUGUCGUUACUGUUCCCGCCUACUUCAACGAUGCUCAGCGUGCCGCCACUAAGGACGCUGGUACCAUCGCUGGUCUCAACGUUCUCCGUGUCGUCAACGAGCCCACCGCCGCCGCUCUCGCCUACGGUCUUGACAAGACUGACCAGAAGGAGCGUCAGGUUCUUGUCUACGAUCUUGGUGGUGGUACCUUCGAUGUUUCCAUCCUCACUAUUGAGGAGGGUGUCUUUGAGGUUCAGUCUACCGCUGGUGACACUCAUCUCGGUGGUGAGGAUUUCGACAACCGUGUUAUCAGCUACCUCGCCAAGAAGUACAACAAGGAGAACAGCGUCGACAUCACCAAGGAUGCCAGGACCAUGGGUAAGCUCAAGCGCGAGGUUGAGAAGGCCAAGCGCACUCUCUCUUCCCAGAAGACCACCAAGAUCGAAAUCGAGUCUUUCCACAAGGGCAACGAUCUCUCUGAGACUCUUACCCGCGCCAAGUUCGAGGAGCUGAACAACGAUCUCUUCAAGAAGACCCUCAAGCCUGUUGAGCAGGUUCUCAAGGACGCCAAGAUGAAGAAGAGCGACAUCGAUGACAUCGUUCUCGUUGGUGGUUCCACUCGUAUCCCCAAGGUUCAGCAGAUGCUCGAGGAGUUCUUCGGAAAGAAGGCUCGCAAGGACGUCAACCCCGAUGAGGCUGUCGCUUUCGGUGCCGCCGUUCAGGGUGGUGUUCUCGCUGGUGACGCUGCCACUGAGGAGCUCAUCCUCAUGGAUGUCAACCCGCUUACCCUUGGUAUUGAGACCACCGGCGGUGUCAUGACCCACCUCAUCAAGCGUGGUACCACCAUCCCCACCAAGAAGAGCCAGAUCUUCUCGACGGCCGCCGACAACCAACCCGUGGUUCUCAUUCAGGUAUUCGAAGGAGAGCGCAGUAUGACGAAGGAUAAUAACAACCUCGGCAAGUUCGAGCUUACCAACAUUCCUCCUGCUCCUCGUGGCGUUCCUCAGAUCGAGGUCACUUUCGAGCUUGAUGCCAACGGUAUCCUCAAGGUUGCCGCUGUCGACAAGGGCACUGGCAAGGGCGAGAGCAUCACCAUUACCAACGAUAAGGGCCGCCUUACCGCUGAGGACAUCGAGCGCAUGGUUGAGGAGGCCGAGAAGUACGCUGAGGAGGACAAGGCCAACAAGGAGCGCAUUGAGGCUCGCAACAAGCUCGAGAACUACGCCUACAGCCUCAAGAACCAGCUCAACGACGAGGAGGGUCUUGGUGGCAAGAUUGAGGAUGAUGACAAGGAGAGCCUCCUCGAGGCCGUCAAGGAGACCCAGGACUGGAUCAGCGAGAACUCUGCUGACGCCUCAGCCGAGGACUUCGACGAGCAGUUCCAGAAGCUGUCUGAUGUCGCCUACCCCAUCACUUCCAAGCUUUACAGCGGAGCUGGUGGCGCUGGCGAGGACGAGGAGCCCGGCCACGACGAGUUGUAAGUGGUGACGCAGAAAAGUUGAGUCGCAUUAUAUCUGGCUGCCUUUGGCCUGCCAUGUAAGAGUAACAUUUCUGCCACCGACACAUCGUCGACGGUCAAAAUGUGUAUGGAACUAUUUGGAGUUUAGUUACGAAGCCAUUUUCUCAAUGAAAUGAACAUGAACCAAUUACACGACCCCUUCUCGCAUCGCGAUGUGAUGUGACAUGCCAUGCAUGCCUGCGUAACGUUCUCAGGCAUGUUCCAGCAGGUACUUGGCACCUUUGUAGGGUCCAACCCAUCAUUUCUGUAGCCAAUAAGCCGUAGAAAAACUACCGAAUAACUCCCUUUAAGCGUAUGCAGUCCAAUGAGUAAGACUUCCCAUGAGACUCUUGAUUGUUCCCUUGGUGCUGCAUUUUGCCAAGUGGUUGUUCGAAUUUGC